AUUUGAGGCUGUGUUUGUGCAAAACCAAAAUACUAAACUGAGGUUGGGAGGUGUCCUGGACACUGCUCUGGGUCUGCUGCUGGCAUAGAACUCUGAAAUAAAUAAAAAAAUGUUCAUUAAAGCAGAGCUGAUUGAAAUGCUGGGAAUGUCUGUGCCUAAUGCUCCCUGUAGGUCCUGAAAGGGUUAAUGCCAGGGGCUGCCAGCAAGAGUUUUUUUAUUUGAAGGAUUUUUCCUUCUAUACAUAGAUAUAAAAACAGAGAGGUGUUGCUUGGACAUCAGGUGUUUUUCAGAAUUCAGCUGGCUGAGACCUUUUCUAUUACUUAGAAACAAACUUUGGCCCCAGGGCAGCAGGAAUAAAUCACUUGGAUACAAAUCUUCCCUAUAGGAAGCAGCAAGCAUCUGUCACGAGGGAUGGAGUGAAAUCCUGUGUUAAUGUUUACCCAGGAAGGCUGCUGGCCAGUUGGUCAUUAACUGGGGGAUUUGCUGGGUGUUUAUUGCAGCUUGUGCUGCCACUUGCUCCUGUGGAUCAGAGGUCCCUGGCCUCUGCCUUGGUGUGGGGCUUUUGGGAUUGGAGGAGUUUAACAAAAGUGUCUUGAAGGUUCCUCUUAGAACCUGACUUCCCUUCUGUGCUGGCUCUGCUUGCCUUGUUUUACUUGGCACAGUUGUAAUUUUCCCCUCCUUUAUUUUUUCUUUUUUUAAAUUAGGGAUGGAAAUGUUUUCUCCAAAUUGAGAGUUAUUCCUGUCACAGUGUUGCUGUUGUUGGUGCAGCUCCUGGAUCCUGGUGACACAUUUUGUCUGAGUCCCCCAGGAAUGUGGGACAUCCCUCCCUGCCCUCCCACUGCUGCUGUGCUGUAUUUAACAAACAAUUACUGAGAAGAAUUAAUUGCUGGUGAUGCAGGGAAGGGGGGGAUGUUGAGCACAAUCAGCCUUUGAAACAUCAUCAGCCAUGCUCUGUUUCCUGACUUGGUCUUUUCAAUGUAUUGAAAUCAUUCAAAAUUAGGCAAAUUCUCUCCAUAGUUGUAGGCAGAAAUACCACACUGCUCUGUGUGUUGGGAGGUUCCUUGGCAGGUCUGAUCGACAUCUCUGCCCACUGGAUGACAGAUCUGAAGGAAGGAGUGUGCCUGGCAGGGUUCUGGUUCAACCACGAGCACUGCUGCUGGAAAUCCAACACCACCUUCACCGACAGGGACAAGUGUCCUGAGUGGAAGAGCUGGUCCCAGCUCAUCCUGGGCCAUGGAGAGGGGGCCUUUGCAUACAUCCUCAACUACCUGAUGUAUGUCAUCUGGGCCUUGAUGUUCUCCCUCCUUGCUGUGCUCCUGGUGAAGGGCUUUGCUCCCUAUGCCUGUGGCUCAGGGAUCCCAGAGAUCAAAACUAUCUUAAGUGGUUUCAUCAUUAGAGGCUACCUGGGCAAGUGGACCCUGGUCAUCAAAACCAUCACGCUGGUGCUGGCCGUGUCCUCGGGGCUGAGCCUGGGCAAGGAGGGGCCCCUGGUGCACGUGGCCUGCUGCUGUGGGAACAUCCUGUGCCACCUCUUCACCAAGUACCGCAAGAACGAGGCCAAGCGCAGGGAGGUGCUGUCAGCAGCUGCUGCUGCCGGUGUGUCCGUGGCUUUUGGAGCUCCCAUCGGAGGAGUGCUCUUCAGCCUGGAGGAGGUGAGUUACUACUUCCCUCUGAAGACCCUGUGGCGCUCCUUCUUCGCCGCGCUGGUCGCCGCCUUCACCCUGCGCUCCAUCAACCCCUUCGGCAACAGCCGCCUCGUGCUGUUCUACGUGGAGUUCCACAUGCCGUGGCAUCUGCUCGAGCUGGUGCCCUUCAUCCUGCUGGGCAUCUUCGGUGGGCUCUGGGGGGCUUUCUUCAUCCGCAGCAACAUCGCCUGGUGCAGGCGGCGCAAGACCACGCGGCUGGGCAAGUACCCGGUGCUGGAGGUGCUGGUGGUCACGGCCAUCACGGCCGUCCUGGCCUUCCCCAACGAGUACACCAGGAUGAGCACCAGCGAGCUCAUCUCCGAGCUCUUCAACGACUGUGGCAUCCUGGACUCGUCCAAGCUCUGUGAGUACGUGAACGACUUCAACAGCACCAAGGGCGACGAUCUGCCCGACCGCGCCGCCGGCCCCGGCGUCUACACGGCCAUGUGGCAGCUGGCACUGGCCCUCAUCAUGAAGGUCUUCAUCACCAUCUUCACCUUUGGCAUGAAGGUGCCCUCGGGGCUCUUCAUCCCCAGCAUGGCCGUGGGGGCCAUUGCAGGCCGGCUGCUGGGGGUGGCCGUGGAGCAGUUGGCUUUCUACCACCACGACUGGGCCAUCUUCAGUGGCUGGUGCAGCCCAGGGGCCGACUGCAUCACCCCAGGCCUCUACGCCAUGGUGGGCGCCGCCGCCUGUCUGGGGGGUGUGACCCGCAUGACCGUGUCGCUGGUUGUCAUCAUGUUCGAGCUCACCGGGGGGCUGGAGUACAUCGUGCCCCUGAUGGCGGCGGCCAUGACCAGCAAGUGGGUGGCCGAUGCCAUCGGCCGGGAGGGCAUUUACGAUGCCCACAUCCGCCUGAACGGGUACCCGUUCCUGGAGGCCAAGGAGGAGUUCUCGCACAAGACGCGCGCCAUGGACGUGAUGCGGCCGCGCAAGAGCGACCCCGCGCUCACCGUGAUCACGCAGGACACCAUGAGCGUGGAGGACGUGGAGAGCAUCGUCAGCAGCACCACCUACAGCGGCUACCCCGUGGUGGUGUCCCGGGCCUCCCAGCGCCUCGUGGGCUUCGUGCUCAGGAGGGACCUCAUCAUCUCCAUCGAAAACGCCAGGAAGAAGCAGGAUGGGAUCGUGAGCACCUCAAUUAUUUGUUUCACUGACUACUGUCCCCCCCUGCCCCCGAGCUCCCCAUCUGUGCUGAAGCUCAGGAGCAUCCUGGACCUGAGUCCCUUCACGGUGACAGAUGAGACACCCAUGGAGAUCGUGGUGGACAUUUUCCGCAAGCUGGGGCUGCGCCAGUGCCUGGUCACUCACAACGGGAAGCUGCUGGGGAUCAUUACCAAAAAGGAUGUACUAAAGCACAUUGCACAGAUGGCCAACCAGGACCCCGAGUCCAUCCUCUUCAACUAGAGGCAGACUGGAGGGACUGUGUGUCCCACACACCUGGAACUUUUCUAGCCCAUCCUGGGUAGACUUUCCUAUUUUUAUUGAGACCAUGGAACUGUUUCCAGUGUUUUUCUCCAUGGAGCUGAAGAUGAUAUUUUUUUUUUUUUCUACCAGAUAACCAAUUGCACUACGGAAUCUGUGGAACAUGAUCUUCUUUUUAGAAGGAAAAAAAAGAGACUUUAUUUACAUUGCUUUUGUGAAGUUGAGUUGGAAAGAUUCCAUGAAGGAGUAAAAGCAAAAUGUUAGAGAAUUGUA